UCAGCCCCUACACAGGCCCGAUCCUCCACAGCAGGUACGAAUGUUGAUCCGCGUCUGACUGACAUUGCGUCUACCGGCAGAUCCUGUCUAAGCCUGCAGCUGCAUCACUGGUCGUCUGUUGUUUCGGGAUUGUCGUUCAAGCUCAACUCUCCCACGGUGCUCGAGAUUGCAGUUACUAGGGCUUGGAUAACCUCGGACCAUGCUUCUUCAUUCGGUCAAGGAGUGCAAUGUCGAGCCCGUCCGAAGCCGAGCAACACCGCAAACGGGACUCGACAUUUCGGCGAUUCGACCAUUUGGGACUGGACACUAGUUGGCUUUCCCUCGGGCUUGCACCACCGCGGCGGAUGGUCUUCUCCAAACAUCUUGACUCGAGGGCGAAUAAGCAGACGUUCAGUUCUGCAUUGGGCCAGUCGUACGGAAAUCUAA